AUGACUCUGCUAUGGCUUGUACUGUUCCUUCUUCAUCAAGGAUGUACUUUAGUUCCCGUGGUCACAGUCCAGCCCGGGGAGCCCGUGACUUUGAAAUGCGUAAUGACUGAGAAGUUUGAAACUGUGACAUGGGUUCACUGGUACAAGCAAAGUGCAGGAAAUACUCUGAUAUUAAUUGCAAUGAUGCGUAAAAGUACAAGUACAACACCCACCUACGGCCCGGGAUUCUCAAAAUCAAGAUUCCACAUAACAUAUAUUGGCAACAUCAGCAAUCUGAUCAUUUCGUCAACAGUAGAACAAGAUGAGGGAAUGUACCAUUGUGCAUAUAUGGACUGGACUGAAUCUACUUGGACUGGGACCUAUUUGUCAUUAAGAGAAAACCCUCAGAGGAUUUCGAGCUUCACUGUUGUUCAGGAGCCAACAGUUUCUAAGCCCGCCAGUGAAACAGACGUAGAAACUCUGCAGUGUUCGGUUCUCUCCGACUCUGUAAACACAACCUGCUCAGGAGAACCCAGUAUGUUCUGGUUCAGAGCCAUAUCAGACACGUCCCAUCCAGAUUUCAUCUUCGCUGAGGGAAAAAUACCUGAAAACUGUGAAAAGACAACAAACAAUCAGAAGAAAUGUAGUUAUAAUUUCACAAAAGUUGUCAAAUCAUCUGAAGCUGCCAUUUAUUACUGUGCUGUGGCUACAUGUGGGCAGAUUUUAUUUGGAAAUGGAACAAACCUUGUAAAGAGCAAACAAGAUGAAAAAACAAGUAUUGUAAGGAUUAUGUUGGUGAUUAUAUUAAUCUGCUUGGCCAUUUCUGUGACCUUGAAUAUUAUUUUUAUUUGUUACCGAAUUCAAAGAUCAGCCUGUGCUCAAUUUAAGGAGAGUUCCUCUUCUCAACCAAGACACAAUGACUUAAGGCAACCAGGAAAUGAGACUGACAAUGGAAAGGAUCUGAAUUAUGCUGCAUUGCAUUUCUCUGAAAGGAAAGAGCCAAGAGGAAUAAAGAAAAGAGAACUGAAGACUGAAGAAAGUGUAUAUUCACAAGUUAAAGGACAGAUGUCAAUAUGAUUGACUCUAGGUUUAUAUACUGACAUUGUGUUAAAAGACAGUUCAGUAUUUUCAGAUUCAUUGCAACUGUGAAGAGUGAGACAGUUUGUAAAAAUAUUUUCUGUAAAUAUUUUUUUCAGGGUUUAAUGCUGUGCUAAAAUUUGAUCAGUUUAAUGAAAUGGCCUCAAAUUCUUAUGUAUUGAAAAAAUUCACCUAAAUGAGGUUCUUUAUGUGUCUGAAAUAAAGCAGCUUUUAUGUUUCUCUUCAGUUAACAAAAAUGUGCUUAAAAAUCUAAACAAAUUCAUGAAUAAAUAUUUUGAUGAAGUAGUUUCAAUUUAUGUUGACUGAGCUACACAUUGUUUUGAUGAACACAUUUUAGGAGAUACCAAAUAAAACUAAUCGCUAGUGAUGGGCUCUUCUCAGUUAUAAGGAUUUUCCACUUGUAAUGCCUACAUUGUCUCAUCCACAUGUUAAUCCAACUCUUUUUCACUGUGGUUUUUUUCACUGUGGUCACUGUGGGUUUUAGCCAGAAGUGCCUCUCUUCUGGCUAAAAACCUCAGGAGACCUUCGGUCAUUGAUUGGCGAGGGGUUGGAAUCACUAGCUUUGUCUCAGGAGCAACUCUCAAGCUCAAAGUUGCACACAUCCACUGCAUCACAACCCCACCCACUCUAGCUGUUACUCAAUUGUAAUGGAAAACCACCUGAACUGUGUUGAGCUGUGUUGAGCUGCGCUGAGUAGAUACUAGUAGAAAAAAGAUUACAAAAUACAUAAUUUCAACAUUUUAUCAUUUUACAGAUCAGAUCCCUGGUAAAAGGUUCAGCACACUAACAGUUCAUUACUUGCUGGAGUAGUUUAUGCUACAAAGAUUAUCAUGGCAAGAGAGAGACCUCAUAUGUCAGAUAAUGGAGGAGUAAUUCAUCAGUACUGAUGUUACUGAUCAGAAAUGCUGAUCCAGUCAGAAUACAAGCUGAAGACAUAAAUAUCUGGAUGAAUUUUAAUU